UUCACGAAAAGGCGAUACCUGAGAACUCCUUGAGAACAACAGGUAUUCAGCGUAUGUUCAGAAAUCGACACUUCGUAACUGUUUAUGAAGGAUGGCUGAAGCCCAGGAGAAGGUGGACAUGAGCGCCCUUAAAGACACAUUCCUGGAGUGCCCUGUGUGUGUGGAACAUUUCAACCAGACUGACAGACGUCCUCGUCUCCUCAUAACCUGCCUCCACGCCUUCUGCACACACUGUCUUCAGCAGCUGCUCGCCAAGGAGGGGAAAGGCCAGAUCACAUGUCCUCUGUGUCGUCAAGUCCACAAUGUCCCAGGGAAGGCGGACUCAUUGCCCUUGGAUCCGGUCCGUGUGAAACUUACUGAUUUUGUUCAAAUGAAGAAAGAAGGGAACGUCCCAUGCACAGACUGCCCCGAUGGCAAUACAGCCGAGUCCAGAUGCCAAGAGUGUUCUGUGUAUCUGUGUCAGCAGUGCACGUAUGUACACAAACGUCAUCAACUGACGCGCGACCAUCAGAUCAUAUCCCUGAGUGAUGCCUUGCAGCAACCCUUGAACAUGUUAGGCAAGCGUCACUGCUGCACUCAUCAUCCUAAACACCAGCUGGAGUUCUUCUGUGUUACUGAUGAUACACUGUGCUGCAUGUCUUGCACGGUUUUGGAACAUAAAGGUCAUAAGUUCCAGAAACUCGAGGACGUGGCUAAGAAACGACAAGAGGAGCUGGAGUCAUUGAUGCAAGCAGUCCAAACAAAUGCCCAACAACUGCGUCAGAGGCGCAUGUGUGAAGAAAAAAGUCAAAAAGCUAUCGUGCAAGCUCAGAUGAUGGCCAGAUCUGACGUCACCACAUUCUUUAAAAGCAUGACAAGUAUUCUAAAUAAAAGAAAAGCACGUUUGAACCAAGACGUCGACCAAAGAAGUGAGACAAAGUUGGCUCUGUCUAAGAAGGAAGUGGAGGCGAUAGACAACACCCUUGCUGUUAUAGACUCAACUGAAACAUACUUCACACAGGCCAGGGAUAAAGCUGAUGUUGUGGAAAUGCUGCAGAUGUAUCCUGCUAUCAAGAACAGCCUGGAAGCAUCAGGUCAAGGUCAAGGUCAAGGUCAAGGACGAUCAAAAGCGACAGAACCUACAGUGACAUUUUCUGCCUCAAAUGGAAAACUUGUGGAAAAACUUUUGUCAGCAGUAGGAUGUGUGAGAGCGUGUACUGACAACGAGAAAGAAAGGAAUCAGCUUCUGUUGUGUUUCGAUGAAGUGGUCGAUGCUGCUUUAAAAUAUAUGAGCAAGAAUGAACUUAUUAAUCAUUUAAAAGAGAAAGUCUUCACUACCAAUCGAACAAUGCGCACUCAGAGAUCCACAUCAAACCUUACAGUUGUACCAAGGCGCGGACAGAAUCGAUUGAAUUUCGUAAAUAGUGGACAGAGGAAGGACUUGCUUACACUACCGUACACGGGCAGAUCUCUCCCAUACGCAACUGUCAUGUCAAAAGACCCGGGUAACACUUGCAGCAUCUGUAUGAACACAAUAACUGUCCCGACCAAGCUGUCAUGUGGCCACACCUUCUGUGCAGACUGUAUCGGACAGGCUUUCUCUGUGAAACGAGCCUGUCCUGAAUGUGGGAAACUGUGUGGUGCUGUGAAGGGUAACCAGCCUAAAGGUGGGAAGAUGACACACACAAUUUGCAGAACAGAAAUGCUACCUGGAUAUGAUGAUAGUGGAGGAACGAUUGUCAUCACAUAUGACUUUCAACGGGAUAUACAACCGGUAAGCUUCGAUGCAGACAUGCUUGGGCAGCCUCGGGGGAUCACGAGAACAGCUUAUCUACCAUACAAUCAAGAAGGGUGGGAGGUUCUGAAGCUUCUGCUUAAGGCAUUUGAUGCUGGUUUAACCUUUGCUACUGACGGGAGUGGCGUCAUCGCCUGGAACGACAUUUCUCACAAGACUAGUAAGACGGGAGAUAACGGCUACCCUGACCCUGACUAUCUGAAGAGAGUAAAGAUGGAAUUAUCUCUCAAGGGAAUCACAUCGUCCACCUGAGUAACCAACACUGACCACUGUCCAUCAACUCCAAAACAGACAUGAUGACAGUUCCGGUUGUGGCUUCACCCCUGUAUACAAAAUAUUUCGAGAACACAAACACAGAUGAAAACUGAAUUCUGAUAAUAUGCAUUUGCAUUGAUAUGCUCUGCACCAGACUUGCUCGACCAUUCAAGGCUUGAGUUGGA